AUGGCUUCAGACUCCAAGAUCUUGCCCAAGAAGGGCCAGCGCAAUAUCCUGGUCACCAGUGCUUUGCCCUACGUUAACAAUGUGCCUCACUUGGGUAACAUUGUUGGUUCCGUUCUCAGUGCUGAUGUCUUCGCCAGAUUCCACAAGGCUUGCGGACAUCAAACACUGUACAUCUGUGGUACCGAUGAAUAUGGAACGGCAACGGAGACCAAGGCUUUGGAGGAGAAGGUGACCCCGGAGGAGCUGUGCGCCAAGUACAACAAGAUCCACCAGCAGGUGUACGAAUGGUUUGAAAUUGGCUUCGAUCACUUCGGACGCACCCCGACCCAGCAACACACCGAGAUUUCCCAGGCCAUCUUCAAGAAGCUGUAUGAGAACGGCUAUCUGACGGAGAAGACGGCGGAGCAGCCGUUCUGUGAGACACAUGGCUCUUUCUUGGCGGAUCGUUACGUGGAAGGUGAAUGCCCUCGGUGUCACUACGACGAUGCUCGUGGAGACCAGUGCGAUAAGUGCGGUCACCUCUUGGAUCCCUUCGACCUUAUCAACCCCCGCUGCAAGCUUGAUGGCGCCACCCCCGUCCGCCGCUCGACGAAACACAUCCACCUUCUCCUCGACAAGCUCCAGCCUCAGAUCGAAGAAUGGUCUAAGAAUGCCAUCGAAAAGGGCGACUGGCCUAAGAACUCGCGUGUCAUUACCGAGUCUUGGUUGAAGGAAGGUCUGAAGGACCGCGGUAUCACCAGAGACCUGAAGUGGGGUGUCCCGGUGCCUCUGGAGGGCUUCGAGACCAAGGUGCUUUAUGUCUGGUUUGAGGCUUGCAUUGGUUACCCCUCCAUCACGGCCAACUAUACCUCGGACUGGGAGCUCUGGUGGCGGAACCCGGAGGAUGUUCAGCUGUAUCAGUUCCUGGGCAAGGAUAACGUUCCCUUCCACAGUGUUAUCUUCCCUGGUUCUCAGCUAGGAACCAAGGAGAAGUGGACUAUGCUUCACCACCUGAGCACCACGGAAUACUUGAAUUACGAAGGUGGCAAGUUCAGCAAGUCUAGAGGCAUUGGUGUCUUUGGUACCAGCGCCAAGGAGACGGGUGUGCCCCCGGAUGUGUGGCGCUACUACCUCCUGAAGAACCGUCCCGAGACUGGUGAUACCCAGUUCGAAUGGCGCUCCUUCGUUGAGAGCAACAACAGCGAGCUGCUGGCUAAGCUGGGCAACCUUGUCAACCGUGUCAUCAAGCUUGUUACGGCAUCCUACGGCUCGGUCGUUCCCGAGUUCACUGUCCCCGAGAGUUUCCAGCCUACCUUGGAUGAAGUCACGGCUACUCUCAGACAGUACAUUGAAGAGAUGGAGGGUGCACACCUCCGCGCUGGUGUGGUGAGUGCGAUGAAGCUGGCCGAAGCCGGCAACGGACUGAUCCAGGCCAACCGCCUUGAUAACUCGUUGAUUGCCAACGAGCCCGAGCGUGCUGCCGCGGUUGUCGGUACUGUGCUCAACCUGAUUCAUCUCCUGGCCAGUGUUUUCUCUCCCUACCUCCCCGCCACCUCCAAGUCGAUCAACGAGCAGCUCGACGUGCCGUUCGGCCUGAUCCCCUCUCUGGAGGACAUCAAGGACGGCUGGAAGCCGACUGCCAUCAAGCCGGGUCACAAGAUCGGCAAGGCCAAGUACCUCUUCUCUCGUAUCGACCCCAAGAAGGCCGACGAGUGGCGCGAGAUGUUCGGUGGUUCCCAGGCCGACCGCCAGAAGAAGGAAGAGGAGGCGGCUAAGGCAGCGGCCAAGAAGGCAGCAAAGGAUGCCGCUAAGGCCAAGAAGAAGGAGAAGAAGGCCAAGGCUGCUGAGGCCGCUGCCGCUGGUGCUGAUGCUGGCAGCAAUGUUGAAGCCUCCGCCAAGGGAGGCGCCCAGGCUGUGGAGGUCACCACCGAUAGCAAGAACGACGAGGCCGUUGAGAAGGUCGCCGAUGGCGUGGCCCAGGUCACCAUUCCCUCCUCCUAA